AUGGGUGAUAAGCAACAGACAGACGACGACCCUGAGCUAAUAACUCUACAAGAAACAAUUUAUGAUCUCAUCAGCAGAAUCAGGGAUCCUGAGAAACCAGAGUCCUUGGAAGACUUGAAUGUGAUAUCUGAAUCGGGAGUGAAAGUUUGUCGCUUGAGAGAUGGCCAGCUGCUGGCUCACAUUGAAUUUGUGCCCACUGUGCCCCACUGCAGCUUAGCUUCCAUUAUUGGCCUAACGAUGCGAUCAAAACUAGAACAAUGCUUACCUGAAAAGCUCAAGGUAGACAUUUAUAUAAAGAAAGGAACACACGAUACAGCUGAUGAGAUCAACAAACAGAUCAAUGACAAGGAGAGAAUAUCAGCUGCUAUGGAGAAUCCCAAUCUGCAGAAGCUUGUUAAGGAAUGUAUUGAUUCUGGGGACAGCUAA